AGCUAAUACAACUGCAUUCAAUUGACGGGCCAAUCCGUACCUUUGGCAACGUUCCUGACGUUUCACCACCAUCUCCCAAAAGGAGCGUCUGUCUGUCUCUUGACAGAAAGGGAAUAAAAGACUAAGUAUUCGAAUCAAAUGGCGAUCAUUAACGCAAAAAGGGCUGAAGCGGAGGAGGAGGCUGAACGAAAUUCACGUAGAGAUGCGGAAGAAUAUGCUGCAAGACAUGAUACAGCAUGGCAACAGCCACCACCAGCAUAUGAAGAAGCAGCAACAGGAGAAUCAUCCACUUCAACCAGUGCUGGAGGUGGACAAUCUCAGAGACCGAAUGAUGAAAUAAAUGCAACAGAAAGAGAAAGGUUACAAGAGGAAGAGCUCUUUCGUCAACGCAACAGAGAACAACACAGAGAGAGAAGACGUGAAAGGCUGAGGCAUCAAUCUAUUCGAUUCAGAGAAGAUGACGUUGAACGAGAUGGGGAAGAAGAAUCAGAUGCAGAAUCAACGCCUUUGCUGACCAGAAGACAAAAGAUUUUGCUGAAAAAGAAAUUACGAUUUAAUUCAAAAUAUCGGCGAUCGUGUCGGUUUAUGGCAGCACUUCUUUUAAUCGCCAUUGUGAUCUUGCUCUUCUUUGACUUAUUCACGAAUGAUGGAAACAAUAAAGGCAAGAGUGAACCUUGGGAAUCAGACGGUAGACCGGUUGAAGGACCACAUUGGUCUCCCAUCGUAGAGGCGCCGCGUGAUGAAUGGAUCUCGCCAAAUUUACAGCAAUAUAUGUGUAAUACGUCCUUCUCCUUACCGGCUGAUACUUCUAUGACAUUCGUAAGAGCUCAUGGUGUAGCAUUUACCGGGCUCUUGCGUACAGGAUCAGCAGAUGAGGUUACGAAGAAAGAAUGGAACAUCAUACACGGCGGUCCUGGAUUGGAUCGGAUAGCUGUAGUUGUGCAGGCUCGAUUCACGCAUUCACGACUUCUCGAUUUGGUCACCUUGAAUAAAGUGAUCGACGACAAGAAUCCAGAGAACAUAGCAGAAGGGGUCAGUCUUAAUGCUUACGGUGUGCCUACCAGAGGCAAUGAGUUUCUCGCCUUCACGAUCAACGUUCUUUUGCCUGAUCCAACUUAUCGGUCCAAAGAGGGACUAGCAAGGGAUGGAACCUCAUUCAUACCAGCUCUGGAUCUUUAUGCAGACAAUUUACGAAUCGUCUUUGAAGGUUUUGCUCAGCCGUAUCGUGAUGGAACUAUUCCUGGAGUUACGUUUGGUAGGAUUACAGCGAAUGCAAGAAUAGCCGGAAUAUCACUUGGAAUGAAGUUGCUCGCAAAUGAGUCAGUCAGCAUGCGAGUUGAAACAGGUCAAAUUCGUGACAUCUUCUUCACGGAGGUGCUACCGUUCAUCAUCGCAGCCCCACGUGUGGAUCUGCUUACAUUGAAUGGACCCAUCUGGAUUUCAGGCGUUGUGGGAAUCGAAGAGGUCAAGCUACACACCAUCUCUGGCGGUUUGAAUGUCAGUCAGAUCGCUGUUGCGAAAAAGGUGAUUUGUUCAACUCGAGAUGGUGUUUUGGGAGGCAGAUAUAGCGCACUUGAUUCAAUUUCGGCAAGCACGACAACAGCAGAUGUUAGGGUAGAUGUGGUGGCGCAUAAAGACACCUACAAAGACCACAUUAGACAAAGUGGUUUGCUAGCCAUUAUUGAUCCUCACAAAGCGGCAGACAUUAUGAAGGAGCACUCAGGAAGUUUAUCUUGGAGGAAGUUGGAAGUCGAUGCUUUCACACAGACGGGAACUUCUUUCGUCAACUAUAUUGACCAAGAUCGGGAGACGCAGUUGUACUCUAAUGUGACAUCAAUCACAGGUUACGUCGAUGUGACCCAUUCACAUGCUUUUGAAGGAAGCUUCGAAGUUGAAACGAUGAUCGGAUCCGUCACUGUACAAGAGCCAGAUUAUGGAAAGCCUUACAAGAGAAAAGCAUUCGUUGUGGAUCUUGGUGAUGGUGAAGGAAAGAUUGGAAAGUAUAUCAAAGGAAGGGUUUGGUUCUUCAAACAUGGUUGGGAAAAUGUUGGUCCUGAUCGUAAUUACGGUUACCCGCAUUCUCAUUCGAGAAUGUAUAGCAAUAUAGGUCGUAUAAUGGGUACGUUCAACUGAUUGUCCUUAGGCUUUAAUUUUCGUGUAUACUAUAUCUUUUUAUUGUACGAUUUAAUGAUACCUUUUGAUGGAUA